AUGAUACUAGAAGAGGAAGAAUUUGAUGAUACCAUUGACUAUGAGUCGCCAGAAAAAAAAGUUACUAACGUGCUGAGGAGAACCCUUAAUGGUAAACCAGUAACUUUUUCAAAAUUUCGAGCAAACCCAGAACGCACGGAUGAACACUUGCCAUCAAAGAAUGCUGAAUUUCGUGACAACUCUGCUCGAGGGUCUAUUUAUGAUAGUCCGCGACGAGUAAAUGAUAAUCGCGGGAGCAGCGUGCUACUAUUGGAGAAAUCGCCGCCUAAUCUAAAGUUUAACAAAGCAAUGGAUUCAAGAUCAUCGUCAAAGAUGAAACCUCUGCAAAUUACCAUCGACAAACAAAACACAGAUGAAAACAUAAAUGAAAGCUUUAAUAAAAACAUCCAGGAAGCAUCUCCAAAACUAACAAAAAAUGGGAGUGCAUCAGACGAUGGACAGCUUGUAACUUAUCCCGAAGAAAGGCUGGGGACUGACUCAGCAAUACGAAAGGAUCUAAUUACACUUAAUGCAGAUGAUUCCUUAGCAAACAAAAAUCGUCGAGAUAAAGAUAAAGAAGAAGAAGAUUUAUUUUCAAAAAACAGAGAUUCGAGAUCGCCCUCGCUCCAUCGAAUAGGAGAUGGAUUGAACUCAUCUUUCGAGGACGAGUCACCAACUCGCUUAUCUGCCUCAAGAUCAAAGAGAUCUCUUCUAGAUCGAAUAGAUAGUACAAUUGAACAGCUCAAUUACAGUAAUAACAACACGAGGGAUCAAGAAGAGUUUGCCAAUCUUGAAAAAUUGCUGCCGGAGGCCGAGGCAGAGGCAGAGACCGAGACCGAGACCAGGAUCGUAACCGAGAAGGAGAAUUUCCAUAUUGAAGCAGACCCAAUAGUUGAAGCAGAAAGCCAACCUAAGCUGUUAUUGGAUGGCGAAGAAUUAGAGUGGACGCCGCAUCGUGAUCACCACAUGCAUCACCCGAAACAACCUCGACAACAACUGCGACAACAACUGUCGCAGAUACUGCUGAUUAUACAUAAUGAACUUGAUCCUAGUACAUCUAUUCAUCACGAUUCAUUGGCCAAAUCAACACCGCUUAGACUGGGACCUGAAACUACCCUCGAACGUACGCUUGCAACGGGAAAAGAUGAAGCUCAACGUGAUUUGCUUAAAGACCUGUUGUAUUGGACAACUCUGCAAUGGAUGAAGCUUGAGAAAGUUGUUCGCCUGCGGCUGAUUCAACGCGAUGAAGCAAUCAACAGCGAGCUUCUAUUGAAAGAAUUGCGUUGCAAGAAUAAAUCUGAAUUGAAGAGCCGCUACGAUUUCUUGCAACACUACUUAAAGCAUCAUACGCAAAGAUCACGAUUCAAGAAAGAGCGAAGCGCUCGAUAA